AUGACGUAUCUCCAAGAUCCAGAAGCUAUACCAAUGUUGACUAAGAUUGCUGAGAAGGGAUUUGAGCAGGUGAAAAAAGCAGACUUUAUCUUAUGUAACACAGUGGAGGAGUUAGAAUUGGAAACUAUUUCAGCCCUGAAUCCGAAGCAUCCAACUUAUGCUAUCGGUCCAAUUAACUUCUACACUGAUCUCACCAAAACAAGCAUAGCCAAGAGCCUUUGGUCCGAGUCUGACUGCACCCAGUGGCUCAAUUCUAAGCCUUCUGGCUCGGUUUUGUACGUUUCGUUUGGCAGCAUUGCAGAGAGUAACAAAGAGGAGAUCGGAGAGUUAGCUCAUGGGCUUCUCAUAAGUGAAGUACAUUUUGUUUGGGUGCUCCGGCCUGAUAUUAUUGGAGGGCAGGAAAGUGAUGUUUUGCCGGAGGGUUUUAAGGAUGUUGUAAAAAAUAAAGGGCUGAUUGUUCCAUGGUGCAAUCAGAAUAUGGUCCUUUCCAGCCCGGCAACGGGUGGGUUCUUGACGCACUGUGGUUGGAACUCAAUAUUGGAAAGUAUAUGGCAUGGUGUACCGAUGAUUUGUUAUCCAUUUCUUGUGGACCAACCUACAAACAGGAAGUUAGUGGUUGAUGAUUGGAAGAUUGGAGUCGACCUUUGUGAGGGAGAACAAGUUCGGAGGGAGGAAGUUGCUAGUCAAAUUGAUAUCUUGAUGAAGGGUGAAAAUUCUGUCCAAAUGAAGCAAAAGAUCCAGAAAGUCAGCAAGAAAUUGCACGAUUCCUUGGAUGCUGAGGGCUCAUCACGCAGAAACUUUGAUCGAUUUGUAGUGGAUUUGAAGGCUAAGUUUUGGACGAGAAGCCCAUGA